CCAAUUCUCUUCAGACCUGCAAGAAACAAAAAAAAAAAGCAACAAAACUACCACUAAAAAAAAAGAAAAAAACCUUUCAGGUCUCAACUAGAAAUGGAGAUGAAGAAGAUUGCCUGUGGAGUUCUUUUCGCUGCUGCUUCCAUGACCACCGUCAUGGCCACAGAGGUUGGAGCUCCGGCACCAGGACCUGCCGCAAGUGGAGCCUCCGUAGCCGUACCGGCUCUUGGCUCUUUGGUUGGAGCUUCCCUUGUGUCUCUCUUCACCUACUACUUAAACUAAUAAGGUUAUACAAAAAAAAAAACAAUUGAUGUUUCUAUCAAUUUAUACUAUGUCACGGUUUUGUACGUGUAGGCAAAGUGAAUAAGACGGAAGACGAAAUAAUUUGAUUAUGAUCAGACAAUUUUAUGUAAUACAGCUGAUUAUAAAAAUAUAUAAUGUGUUCUUCUCUUCC